AUGCUCGUGCUCGAGGAGAACCUCGACGAUCUUGCCACCUUCAUCUCGGAGAAGGGGGCGGACCCCAAUUUCGUCGAUCCCGACGAUUUUACCCCACUCUACGUCGCCGUCAAGCACAAGUUGAACGAAUGCGCCAAGACGCUCCUCGCCAUCCAGACGCAGAACACAGAGCUGGUCGAGUUCUUCGAGCGUUGGCUACACACCGCCGAAACUGAGUGGGCUGCGGCGAGGCGAGAGGCGGCCAGCUCGACGUCGAGCGACCAGCCCUCGCGCAAGAGGAGGCGAGUGGAGGCCGACUCCACCGAGAAUGGAACUGCCGAGGCGGAAGGCAAGAAGUAA